CGAGAUUCUUCUUCGUGCGUUGAGGUCGAGAGAAGACCAUCGAAGAAGGAAACGACGAUGAUGUCGCUGCUCUCCUCGUCCGCCGCUACACGGCCCAUUCGUCGCCACUUCGACCGCCGCCGCCUCCUCUCUUCCCCGAUCCAUCUGUACCGCCGCUUGAUCCUCCCAUAUCCGAAACCUAAUGCCACCUGUUCUGCGUCUUGGAGAGAGCUGGGGGCUCUUCCCUUCCUCUGCGACCCGCAGAUCCGGCCGUCUCUCGAGGUUGCUGGCUUCGCCGGCGCUAGCCCCGCCGCCUUCCGCUUCUGCCAGCAGGAGCCCCUGGCCCUCGAUGCGGCUUCUCUGGCCGUGAAGGAGUGCGAGUCGGAUGACGAGCUCCUUGCGGCCGUCCGCCUCCGGGUUCGCACCUUCUACGACGAGUUUGACCAGUCAUCUGGUGACCAGGAUCAGAGGAGGCAUCUGGAAGAGAGGGAGUUUGAAGCAUUGAAGGAUCGCAUUGAUGGGAAAAGGAUUGGAUUCAAAAGAGUUUCUUGCAUAAAUGCCACACUGCCGUUAUCACCAUUGUUAGGCCAUGCCGAUGGCCUUUGCUCUGCAUGUACGUUUUCUCAAAAUGGAGAAGAUCGAGUAGUUGUGGCGACCCUAGAUAUCAACCAAUGUCUCAAAUUAGCUGAUGAGUUGACAGGAAAGAGGCCUGAGGUACUGGGAGCUGGUCUCAUGAGGGCAUAUUUAAGUAAUGUCUGUGUUGCCAAGGAGCUGCAAAGAAAUGGUUUGGGAUUUGCAAUAGUCUCCAAAUCGAAAGCAGUUGCUCGCCGUUGGGGUAUAAAUGAUCUUUACGUACAUGUUGCUGUUGACAACGAAGCAGCACUAAAGCUGUACGGAAAGAGUGGCUUUGUUUACGAAAAUGAAGAGCCAGCUUGGCAAGCCAGAUUUCUCGGCAGGCCUCGCCGGUUUCUUCUCUGGGCCGAUCUUAGCCAAAUCGAACUUGUAGUAUAAUGCAAGUUCUCUAAUAUACAGUAUCUGACAAUUGCAAACAUGUUAGUCCCGAUUUGUCCCAAAGCUUAUAGGUUCGGAUUAUAUUUCAUGUUUUCUGAAUCAUGUAAAACAAUACUGGUUCUGUAAUGUUAAUUUCAUGAAGCCAAUGUGUAGAUAAUACAAUUGGAUAGCUCAAAUUGCAGCAUUUAUUAGAAUCUUCA